UAAGUUAGCUCUCGACAUCCACUGCACAUUCACUGUAUUCGCAAUCUUUCUGCACCACUUUCACAUCACCAACACCUCCCAUUCUUGCCACGAACAAAUCACUUCUCGCUACUCCAUCAACCGGUGCUUUCAACGCAGGUUGAUAUUUAUCAACAUCUCUGCUCCCUGCCUACCGAGGCCAACUUCAUUUUGUCAACGUUUCGUGCGCUCUCAAAUCAACAACCAGCCAACGUCUAACGCCCAUUUCGAUGAGCGCUCUCGAGGCCUGAAUAUUGCAAACAUGGUCGGGCGCCCCCGCCGGGCGUCUACUUCUAGUGUCGAUACGGAAGAUGAGAGUCAAAGAUCAUGGAAGCAGGAGAAAUCGGUGCUGCGGUUUGACCCCGGUGGUGUAGACCCAGAUACGACCUUCGAGAUCAAAGAUGCCGUCGUUCUCAACAAAGAUGGUCACACUCUUGAAAACGCCCUCGAUGUCGCUACCCGCGGUCCCUAUAUCAUCCGCGGAUUGCUCCAUAUUGAGGAGCAGUCGCAGAGAGCACGCCUUAUAAUGAAAGUCCGUUCUUUGACACCUUUCGAGGUCAGAAAAUGCGGCCAAUUCUCUAUCGGAGAAUCUGACAGCGGUUCUCCAGUCAUAUGGAUGCUGGGCACUUGUGGAUGGUUCGAAUUAAACCCUGCGCCAGCAUACCUCCCCAUAUACAGAAAGAUGCAGGAGGCUAUACGGCUCUACUAUAGAUUGAUGGCAAUUUACAGGGAUAAGAAACCCAAGAAGGCGAAGAAAAGCAAAAAAGAUGCGUUGAAGGAACUCUACCAGGUAUUCCAUGAGUAUGCUGCCAGUAUCGGAGAUGGUUCAACGCUCGAGGAAGUGAUUGCAAGAUGUGAUGAUCAUGCUUCAUUUCUGAUUGCUCAAUGCAUCCAGGACCAGAGCGAGGUCGAGUGGUUCGUGACCCCUUUCUACAAAUGGUUGAUAAAUAGACAUCAAGAUCUCUACAACAAAGAACUUGAGAGAAUGAACAACCCUCCGCAGCCCCAGAGAUCCCCAUCUGUUGAGGCCAGCAACCCCCCUGUCUCACAGAUAUUGCCCUCCCGAACUCGCAAUGGUUCUUCGGCUCCGUCGACAGCUCGCGACGCAACCCCAGGUAUCAUUGAGCCUGAGGACAGUCCUCCCCGACGACGAUACUCAAGAUCGCGGUCCGCUACUCACAGGCCCGAAAAUAGUGUCGUUGACUUGUUCAGCUCUACACAAAUUUCGAGAGAUGGAUCAACAAGGCCAGUCAGCGUUCAUUCCUCAGCUAGUAUACCAAGUGUCCGUAUGAGCCAGGCACCUAUUUCGGUGGACGCCAAGGACGAUGCUUUCCGGAGCGUUCUUGAUGCCCUUGAGUGGAUUCGCGUAGAGAUCAGCAACUCCAAGGGCGGUCGUCUAAACAUCUCAGCUGUGGCUAACAAAUUCUGGUCAAAUUUCAGGUUCCCCACCUACAAAGGCGAUAUAAAGCCAUCGUAUAGGGUGCCUAUCCAGGAAGUUCUCCAUUACAAUGUGCACGCUCUCUUACAGGUUCUUGACAAGGAUAAGUAUGAUGGCGAAUUCUAUUCCUGGCUACAAGAGCUCGCCGAAAUGCCAUUCAACCCUGUCGCCAUUAAACCAUCAGAAUUUCCGUUCUACGUUAUACGACGUAAACCAUCUAGCAAUAACAACCCAAGCAAACCAGCACCCCCUUCGCAAGCUGGAGCCGCCUCAAGGAACCUUGAUGAAGGGUUUUCAACUCCUCCCCGCUCUUCACCUGCAGGUAAGAGCCUCAUGCGGCCAGGUCGUCCAUCUGGUAUCAAGUCCAGUCUUCGUCUGGCAACCACUUCUAAAAAGCGGCCUCACUCUGAAGUUGAUAGUGAUUCUGAGGAUGAGGGGUCAGAGCUGAAGCGAUCUCACUACUUUUCUGGCGAGGAAGAGACUAUGGGUAAUACCAGUCACAUGAGUCUGUCCGAGGAUGAAGAUGCUCAAGAAACAUCUGAAGGACCAGUCAAGAUUUUUCUAAGGGCAGACAACAUCCCUACAACCGUUCCACGUGGCCCUGGCGAGACAUGGGUCUGUGAAGAAGAGGAUUGUGGAUAUGUGGUUCGUGGCGGUGAUAUUCAAAACUGCCGAGACCGUAUCAGACGCCAUUUUAACGAGCACGAACAGCAAAUGGAUCGUGUGAACCUCGCCAGGACCGAAGCCACUCGCGGUCAUUUGCCUGUAAAGUAUGCUUAUUUCCCGCCUUUUCUGAUUCUCGUUGAGUUACACCCCCCUUGCAUUACCCAGCAAUGGCAAAGCCCCCCCGUAGACCAAGUUGCUACGGCAGCCUCAACUCCAACACUUGCGAACAGCCCUGUUGCACCCUCUCUUCAGCCACGAACACCAGAGUCGUCUCCAACCAAGACUCCUGCUCUUGCGACGAGGCGCGGUUUUAGGUCCAUUGUAGAUGGAUUCCGAAGGCGCGCCCAUCCCGUGUCGGAUAACAUCGAUAAACUGACAUUUUGAUAAUAGUCACCUAAUGGACAAGCUCAAAAAGCUGGGUGAGAAGUCCCAGUCCGCCGAACAGCUUAUGGUCAACGAAAUCGUGUUACCCCAGCGCAUCAAACGAAACCUGCUUGUUUAAUGAUAUCAGACGACACUUCACGGCUCUCGGGCUAGAUUAUACUUUUCGCAUCAGCCCUGUAUUUUGUUUCAAAGGAGAUACCCCCAGCAAUGGCUCAGCGUCGCCUAGGACGAGACCAGUAUUCAAUGGUCAUGUAAGCAUUGCAAUAUCUUGGGAAUGGUGCAAGCCACAAAGCUCAACCACCUCUUGCGGAUACUUCUGCAUGAGUGAGCUUAGAAUGCACGAUAUUGUAAACCAACUCAAGUCAUGAAUUAUGUAUCAAUGCUACCAAUCCACUUAUACAUGUGUAUGAGAUACCAGGUCACCC